AUGUUUCCCUCAGCCGCGGUGCGACAAGCAUCGCAAGUACACAUCACAGCAUGGCCGACGCCAAGGAAUAUAGCAGAAAGCAAAUUAGUCCUGAAGGCCCUCCAGAAGCACGGUGAAAUUGUGUCAUACCGAAACCUCAAGUACGACACAACAAAUGACUCCCCAAACCGGCACCGGCCAAUGCUGGCAAUCUUCGAAAACGCGGAAGCAGCAGAGCGCGCAAUCGACUCAUCACCCGUAACAAUUCCACUACCACCAGGCUCAACGCCAAUCCCACAAUCAAAUAAACACGCCAACCCACUCAAAUCCAGAUCAAACAGCUCACCGGAUGAUCCACCCUCAAUAAUUAUCCAAAUCCAAUCCUCGCGCCAUAAUCAUCCCUCCAACAUCAGUCGCAAUCCCUUCUACUCAACAUAUAAUAUGCACAAGACAAGUCCGAUGUACAAGGAUUUAAUCCGUGAGGGCGUGCCUGUGCGGGAGUUGGCGGAUUGCUUGCCGAGCAAGAAGUAUCAUAUUGGAGUUGGAGUUAAGGAGAACAUCCAGGAGGAGAAUCGAUGGAUGGGGGCGAUGAGUUUGAUGGAUCUUUGGAAGGAGGGGUUCAAGGAAGAAGAGGACCAGAAGGGACUUGGGGAUUCGACAGAGAAGAGGAAGGAGUAUGAGGAGUUUGGAGAGUUACAAUGA